CGUAAGGGCUUGAAUGGUGCAGCUAGUCUUAAAGGACAUAAACAAAUUCAUUCCCGAGAAAAACGUCCCAAAUGUGAACAGUGCGGCAGGCGUUUUACUAACGCAGGCAAUCUUGCCGUGCAUUCCAAGACUCAUCUAAAACAUGAGCAACCACGUGCUUUAGGCAAUCGCGUCAACCGUAGCAAGACAGACGCCGCGCAAAAGCGAUAUCGGUGCUGGGAAUGCGGCAAAACCUUAACAAAAGGCAACUGGAAAAGGCAGAAGAGGACACACACAGGAGAGAAACCCUACCAAUGCAAAGUCUGUGGAAAAUGGUUUGCUGAUUCAGGAAAUUGCACUCGACACACCCAAAUAUAUUCGAGCGAAAAGCCCUAUAAAGGCACAAGUACAAAGACUGGUGUGUUUAUUGACGAUGCCGGUAAUCUUCAGCAGAAUACGGAAGAACGUUAUGUUAAUUCGCAAGCACGUGAACAGCAUCGAAAAAAGGGCACAGAGGACAGACCCAGAUGCAAACAGUGUGGCAAAUGUUUCACCUUGCUGGAAGACUUGAACAGACACAUGUUGGUUCACACACGAGGUGAGAAGACUUUUGCGUGCCAGUACUGCGGAAAAACUUUCCCCACGCGAGAUAAUUGUAAUCGUCAUGAAAGAGAGGUCUCGCAUACAAGUAAUAAGGCUCGGAUGUCUCUUAAGGCAAAACCACGUUCGAAAACUGGGGUACUACUGCCGAAAGAAGCAAACCUGCAACGGAAUGAAGAACAUCUUGGUCUGAAAGGGCAAACGCGCAAACAGCAUCGAAAGAAGGACAAAGUGGACAGACCCAGAUGCAAACAGUGUGGCAAAUGUUUCACCUUGCUGGAAGACUUGAACAGACACAUGUUGGUUCACACACGAGGUGAGAAGACUUUUGCGUGCCAGUACUGUGGAAAAGGUUUCCCCACGCGAAGUAAUUGUAACCGUCAUGAGAGGUCUCGCAUACAAGUAAUGAGGCUCGGACGUAUCUUAAGGCAAAACCACGUUCGAAAACUGGGGUACUACAGCCGAAAGAAGCAAACCUGCAACGGAAUGAAGAACAUCUUGGUCUGAAAGGGCAAACGCACGAACAGCAUCGAAAGAAGGGCAAAGAGGACAAACUCAGAUGCAAACAGUGUGGCAAAUGUUUCACCUUGCUGGAAGACUUGAACAGACACAUGUUGGUUCACACACGAGGUGAGAAGACUUUUGCGUGCCAGUACUGUGGAAAACGUUUCCCCACGCGAGGUAAUUGUAAUCGUCAUGAAAGAGAAGUCUCGCAUACAAGUAAUAAGGCUCGGACGUAUCUUAAGGCAAAGCCACGUUCGAAAAAUUCGCACCAGAAGACGCAUAGUGUCGAGUCUGUGCAAGAUGUACACAGCUGUCAAGACAAUGAACUUGACAAGCAACCAAAGCAGAGUGAACCUAACACUUGCUGGAUCUGCGCUGAGGAAUUCCCAAGUGAGGUGGCUCUACUGAGACACUACGAGAACCAUAUGAAAAAAGUUGUAUCUGAAGAUGAUUGA